AUGGAGUCAUUCUUACGCUUGAUUUUGUUGACAUCUCUCCUCUGGGGACGGCUAUCUGUAUAUGGAAUGGUUCCCUUGCUCAGGAACCUGCCCAGUGAAGCUACUUCAUCCACUGCCAAAGUAGAACCAGAAGCUAUCGAGGUGAAUAGGUUCACUUUCACCGCCCCGGAAGACAUUCCUACUGCCAUGAACGAAAUGGGGAUACGUAUGUCACGAGAAGCCGAGAAGAACCCAAGAGCUCGACAUAGGCAAGACGAUCUACAUAGUUCAGCAAAAAGAAUAAAGAUCGAACCGAUCAACGGAAGUCAAGAACUCAACUUUAGAUACAAAGGGACAGAUAUCAGUACUCAUGACUUUACCAAGUCUGUGCCUUCAGCGCGUGUUGUGCCCUAUUCUUUCUUCUUUCAGUCAUCAGCAAAAAUGGCAAAAAUGACUACUGUUGAUCAGUACAUCAUCAAGCUAGCCGGAAUUAUUCAAACAUUCAUAUCAAAACUAAACGCAGCUUCUCAGCCUUGGGGAAUGUGGAUACAUGAAAAUCAAUCACUGGCACUGGAGUGCUUCAGUACUGCACAUGCUGCGCUGCAUAGAGGUAACUUGGGAGAGUGUGAAAGGUUGUGGGUUUUAGGUAUUGUUGCAGCACUGGUCAAAAAUUUACCUUCAAUAUCAACAGACAUUGUCAAUAGAUUGCAACAUGCACCUUGGAAGCAUCAUUCCUAUUUAGAGAUUCAAGCUGCCAUUGGCUUAGAAGAAUGUUUUUCAAGAGCCAGAUUAUUUGAAUCACAUGAUGAGAUAAGGACAAAGUACUUCCCAGCCAAACGGAGCAGCAUUGAUAAAUUUGUCUCUGAGAACCUACUGAAUGUUAAGAUUCCUGAAGAAGAUUCAAGUAUCAAGUCAAUGAUCCGUAGCUUUGCAAGCUAUUUCAAACAUCUUGAGAUCCCUAGCUGGGAAGGAACAUAUGGGAAGGCAAUCUUUAUUUAUUUGAUGAAAAAUUGGCAGAAUGUAUAUCCAAAAGAUAGUAACACACUUUUGGAAUGGAUUGAGAUGGAUUUCAAUCUGUACAGAGAUCUUCAUCUUCCAUUUUUCAAGGCUGAUAUUAAAUCAAUCCUUAGGACCACAGGAAUCACCUCAAAUUAUAUAAAGUAUGAUGAAAUGAUUGAUCCUUCCAGACCACUCAGAGCACCAAUUUUGGAAAGAAUCUUCAGCUUUGGAGGUCAUCACGAGAUACCAAAUAGCUUAGAGGGCAGCCUGUACAAGCUGGCAGUCAUUGCAUCUCUCAUUCAUCCUUCCUUGAAAGAUAUGGUUAUUCAAGGAAUUGAUCAGAACCCUCGUAUUGUUCAAAGACUUGCACCUGUUUGGUCAGAAAUGUACCAUGCUUUGGAAGUGGGAAUCCAUGAGUUCUUUGACUACCACUAUAUGCCAUUUAAACAACGUCCAAAUUAUCUUGCCAUGGCCCAUAGGCACUUAUUAUCAGGAAACUUGUUCAAGUUCUCCGAAACUGAAUCACUGGGAAUGUCUCUUCAGAGAGUUCCCCUACAUGUGUCCAAACUUGAUCCAAGCUUGGUGACCAGAAUACUUUCUGAAGUAAAAAAAAUCUUAUAUACCCAUAUAGAGCGUAAUGAGCUUCCAAAGGUAUAUCUGAUGGUCCUAGAAGUCAUACAACAUUUACUCAAAUAUUCUCCAGGUUCAUCACAAAUUUUAUUAAAGCAAUUAGACAAGGACAUUGAAUUCAGGGAAACCCUAUAUCAUAGUAUUGGACAUGUGCUUGAGUCAAAGAUAUUCGAUGAUCAUGUAGCAAUCAUAGAUGAAUGUGCUCUGGCCUAUGAAAUUGAAGACGUUUUAAUAAGUCUUCAAGAGAUAUUGUCUCCUGGCACAGUUUGGCAAUGGGGGGAAGUUUCAAAAAACAAAGGACACAUUGAUAAGUAUGCCAAGAUACUUGAAGAGGAGCUCUCCCCUUAUUCAGGAUUAGAAAUUGGUGAUCUACCUGACCCCAGAGAAGAGAGCUUGAAGUGGCUCCAAAGAUGA